AGGCGAGAGCGGCCGUCCUGGGAGCCGGGUUCUCCGUCAGGCCGCAGCAUGAACGGCAGCGUGACGGGCGGCGGCUACGCCGAGGAGAUCAUCAGCCUCACCCGCAGACCCUCAGGGUUGGGCUUCAACAUUGUUGGUGGGACAGAUCAGCAGUACGUUGCCAAUGACAACAGCAUCUAUGUCAGCUGGAUCAAAAAGGAUGGGGCAGCUUACCUUGAUGGCCGAUUACAAGAAGGAGAUAAAAUUUUAGCGAUCAAUGGCAAAGACUUGAAGGAUUUGCGGCACAGGGAUGCUGUGGAGCUGUUCAGGAAUGCAGGCUAUCACGUGUCUCUGAAAAUCCAGCGCAGGUUGCAGCCACAGAAUGGCCCUGUGAGUCAUCGAGGAGAUGGAGACUCAGGUGGGCUUCCUCUGGCAGCCAUUCUUGUGCCAGGCCUGGCGCUUGCUGCAACAGCAGUCUGGAUCUUGCUGAGGUAUCGACAGCGGAUGUGAAGAGUUCAUGUCUGGGAUAUCACUGCGUAUUUUACACAGCUAUGAUGUAAUUUAAAGAUAGAGAAUCAACAAUCUUGUCACAGACUGAUGCCAAAAAAAGGAUCAUUGCCUAUCAUCAAAGUUGCUGCUGAUGUUUGUAUACAGUGAUUGUCUUGCAGAGUGGAUAGAAGCAGAGAGAUAAAAGGGAAGGGAGAGGUCUGUGUUUAUGUAAAGAGUGGGAUAGCUGUAUUUUUGACAAAUCUGAGGAGGUUUUGCCAUCCUCCUCUAUUUUGCACCACGAACUUUGAAACACACUCACCUAUUCCACAUUUUAAGGAUUAACUUUUGGUUAAAGGGAGUGGGAGUUGGGAUGGUUUUAAAUCAAAAACAUUUUCUAGAUACGUUGCCUUGUUUCCAAAGAUUUUUUUUUCUUUAAUCUAAUGAAUUCCAUCUGAACCAUGAAUAAAAACAAGCAAUGCAAAGGGUAUGUUAUUUUUCCCAUUGAAGUUUUGUUGGUUGUUGCUAAAUAAAUGCCUUAAAUGUGUGAAAUCUGA